ACAAACCAAACAAAACCCAUGUUGUUCCAAUGAACUAAAAUCUCUGUCUCUUCGAUUCUAAGUGCAAUCCAAAGUGAUGGAGAUGGAACAACUACUAAGCAUGGGCUUUCCAAACGAGUUAGCCGCCGAAGCCCUCGCCGCCACCGGCGGAAAAUCCACUCUCAAAGCCACCGAAUGGAUUCUUUCCCGCCGCCCCUCCGCCGACCCACCGCCGAACAACCCAUCUCCCUCCCAACCAAAACUCGAUCGUUUCUUCGCCAAACCCAUCAUACCCGCCACUGCUACUACCACUGCCACUGCCACUGCCACUGCCUCCACCACCCAAUUGGUCGAAUCUGCUCCCCCCGCGAAGCGUGUCAAGACAUGUGCGCCUCAGGUGCCCCUCUCGGAGCGCAUGAGACCUCGUACGCUUCACGAGGUCGUCGGCCAGGACCACCUCCUGUCACCCACUUCGGUCCUCGGCUGCGCUGUCGACACCAACCGUCUCCCUUCCGUCAUCCUGUGGGGGCCCCCCGGAACCGGUAAGACUUCGAUUGCGAAAGCCAUUGUGGGUUCAGUUGUGUCUUCUUAUCGUUUGGUGUGUUUGUCUGCGGUUACUUGUGGGGUUAAGGAUGUUAGGGAAGUAGUUGAGGAAGCCAGGAGGGUGAAAGUGAAAAAUAAUUGGAAUAAGAGGACUGUUUUGUUUGUUGAUGAAGUUCAUAGGUUUAAUAAGUCACAACAAGAUUCGUUUUUGCCUGUGAUUGAGGAUGGAAGUAUUGUGUUCAUUGGUGCCACCACUGAGAACCCUUCUUUUCAUUUGAUUACGCCAUUGUUGUCUCGUUGUCGAGUUCUUACGCUUAACGCGUUGAAACCAGGCCACGUUGAGACACUUUUGAGGCGAGCAGUGGAGGAUAUCGAUAGGGGGGUGGGGAAGAGUGUUGAAGUGAGAGUUGAGGUGAAGGAUGAUGCUAUUGAGUUCUUGUCGUCUAAUUGUGAUGGCGAUGCUCGUGUGGCAUUGAAUGGCUUGGAGAUUUCUGCUACUAGGGCUGCAGCGAGAGUGUCUGUUAAGCAACUUAAGACUGCAGAGGAAGAGGUAGAGGAAGAGAUGAAUUUGGUGUCGAGUGAAGAAAAUCGUUCUGUCGUGGCGAUUGUCACCUUAGAUGAUGCAAAGGAGGCAUUUCAAUGUAAGCAUCUUGCUUAUGAUAGAGCAGGGGAAGAACAUUAUAAUGUGAUCAGUGCGUUACAUAAAUCUAUGAGGGGAAAUGAUGCUAAUGCAGCGAUAUAUUGGUUGGUAAGAAUGUUGGAAGGAGGUGAACAGCCUCUUUACAUUGCAAGGCGGUUGAUAAGGUUUGCGAGUGAAGAUGUUGGAUUGGCUGAUCCAUUGGCACUUAAUCAAGCUGUGUCAUGCUACCAAGCUUGCCAUUUCUUGGGUAUGCCUGAAUGCAAUGUGAUUCUGGCGCAAUGUGUGGCCUACUUGGCUUUGGCUCCUAAAUCAAUAUCUGUUUACCGAGCAAUAGAGGCUGCACAGAAGGUUGUUAGAGAAUCGGUCGGACAGAAUGAAGGAGUGCCGCUCCAUCUGAGGAAUGCACCGACAAAGCUAAUGAAGGAACUUGGAUAUGGCAAGGGCUAUAUUUACACCCCUGACAAUCCCUCGGCAACACAAAGCUUUCUACCGCCCUCACUUCAGGGGUACAAGUUCCUGGAUUGGACAAAUAGUAAUUCCACUGACAAGUGAGAGGCAGAAGCAGGUUUCUUAACGUCGACAAAUUCAUAGUUUAUAACUUAUGCUGGUCAGCAGCGCUUACCUUUCUUUUGCAUGUAUUUUGAGCUGUAAAAUCUCACUUUUGUUCAUACUGUAUUCUCCAGCCAUUUUGCUUUCUGAAAUGGAGUAAAUGGAAAACAGCAAAAUCGAAUGAUAAACCGGUCUGAGUGCUUCAGAUUAUGCAUGAAUAUAAAGUUGCAGAUUGAGGCAAUCUUGACAUGUUUAGUGAUUUACACUUUUUACUGCAACUAGAUUGCCAAGUUUUGGCAAUUUUGGCAAUUAUUAUUCAGAAAAAGCAGCACAAACCAUGCAAUAAAACAGAAAAUUUCUUCAAACCCAAAAAAACUGAAAUCUUCUUAUCAGAUAACUUUAACUGAUAGUUGGUCUGCAAACACCAGAGUUAUGUGAUUUUUUGGUUUAUUUGCCUUUUUGUUAGUACCAUAAAUCUUGCUCAAGUUUUAACUGGUUUAGGAUGGAGA